UUCACCCACGUGGUCGCUUUCGAUGCAUUAUUACUCCACCAAUCCAACGGAUCCCCUGCACUUCCCCCUUUCACCCUCUCUUUCUCUCUCCUCACCAUACGCCCACCCCUACACCCUCUCCUCCGAUAACUAAGAUUAUCUGAUGGCUGAUUCCGACAACGAGUCCGGCGGGGGAGGCGGCGGCGGACGCGAACUCUCCGCCCGAGAGCAAGACCGGUUCCUUCCGAUCGCGAAUGUGAGCAGAAUCAUGAAGAAGGCGUUACCGGCGAACGCGAAAAUCUCGAAAGACGCGAAGGAAACCGUGCAGGAGUGUGUCUCGGAGUUUAUUAGUUUCAUCACCGGCGAAGCUUCCGACAAGUGUCAGAGGGAGAAGCGGAAGACGAUCAACGGUGACGAUCUUUUAUGGGCCAUGACGACGUUAGGGUUUGAGGAGUAUGUGGAGCCGUUGAAGGUUUAUUUACACAAGUAUAGGGAGUUGGAAGGAGAGAAGAUGACUGUUUCCGGUGGACGUCCCGGUGAGAAGGACGGAUCUUCCGGUGGAGGUGGUGGUUAUGAUGGUGGAGGCGGUGGUAAUAGUGGUGGUGGGAAUAGUGGAGGCGGAGGUGGAGGUAUAUAUGGUGGGAUGAUGAUGAUGGGGCAUCAAGGACAAGUGUAUGGGUCUGGUUCUUAUCAACAUCACCAAAUGGAGACGAAUACAGGUAACUCGAGUAGCGGUGGCGGAGCGACCACCGCUGUUAAAAUAAGGUAGGUAGACGCGGUGGUGGUGGUUGUGGGUGGAGGAAAAUAUAUACUUGUAAUAGUGUUAAAAAAAUAUAAAAUGGCGGGGUUAAGAUGCCUUUUGAGAAUUUUGACUUGUGUUAGGUAAUAGGGUCAGUAAUUCUUAGUGAAAUUAAAUCCUAAUUAUUAUUAUUAUUAUUAUCAUCAUUUUAAUAUAAUUUGUAAAAGCAAAAAUGUGACUUUAGGGAAAAGGAUUGUGAAAGGAGGUAGAGUGAUCUAAGUUCUAACAAUUAUAUGGAGGAGAUCGGAGGAAUGUGUAUUUUUGUGGGAUUCCUCGUGCUAUAUACUACAAUAGUUAUUAAUUUUAAAUUUGUACGCAUUGGAUCUA